UCAUGCUGCUGCCAGGUCCAGAGUCUCUCAUGGGUCCCUGUACGGCCUCCCAUUGCUGCUGUCUCCAUCGCCACACUCUGCCAUGUGCCACUUUCAGGUCUCCUCACACUGCUGGUGUGUUGAAUUUUUUGACAUAGGGUGCUGGCAGAUUACGGGCCUCCUAUAGCUGCUGCCAGGCCCCUAAUCUGCCAUGGGCCCCUAUAUACCGCCUCCUCAUGCUGCUGCCAGUCCAGAGUCUCUCAUGGGUCCCUGUACGGCCUCCCAUUGCUGCUGUCUCCAUCGCCACACUCUCUGCCAUGUGCCACUUUCAGGUCUCCUCACACUGCUGGUGUGUUGAAUUUUUUGAC